UGGCCCAAUUGGCCCCGUUUACCUCUCUCUCCUCUUUUUAUCUUCCAUCGAGUCUAUUUUCAGAUUCAUCACCUCCUUCUCUUUCUCUUUCUCUUCCUCUUCCUCUUCCUCUUCCUCCUCCUACGCGAUAAUCACUAGCUAAGGAGGAGAGACGAUUUUUUUUCUCUUCUAAUCAUGGCGGAAAAGGGUCAACCAUUGCCAAAGUUUGGUGAAUGGGAUGUCAAUGAUCCAGCAUCAGCUGAGGGAUUCACUGUCAUCUUCAACAAGGCUAGGAAUGAGAAAAAAACUGGUGGAAAGCCUGACUCACCAACAAGGGAUAGCUCUGGUUUCAAGCCUGACACUACUACACUUGGGAAGCCUCAGUCUAAGAAAUGGUUUUGCUGCAUGCAAGCUGCUAAAGCAGAAUAAAGAGGUGGCUCUUGUCUUGUAAGAGCAAUCAUUAAUUGGAGUAUUAUUUAUAUACACAUGACCCUAGCAUAUAAAUCCAGAAAACUGGAACCGUGUUCAGAAGCUAUGAUGGGUCGUGGUAGAAUGCGUUGAUUGUGAUUGAUGUGGGGGUUGGGAAAGAAUGUGAUUAAAGAACAAUGUGGUUUUCUGUUUAUGUAGACUACCAGGAGUCAUGGCAUUCUGCUUUCUGUUGUUUCUAGAGUGUAUGUGAUUUUCUAUGUGUAUCCAUUUGCCUAUAUGUAAUGAAGCUCUCCCUUUCUCCUA